UUUCACCCUUUUCCUUUCGGUACCCCUGAGCAUCGUUUCUCUUCCAUCCGCACGAACGUCCAUUGAUCCUCAGCUUCCUUUUCAGAGCUACUCUCACCAUCAAGAUGAACUCAUCUCUUGAGCUUCGUAUCUUUGCCUUCGCAACGAUCAUCCCAUUGGUGUUCCAAACAAUCUCAGCGAAAAUUCUAUAUAAUCGCAACUUCAAGUCUGUGUCCGAAUCCAAGGCGAUCCACCCGGAGGGCGUGCAGAGGAUUAAGGGCGCCAUUCGAGGGCAGAUUUGGGUCGGCGCUAUCGCAACAAUGGUAGGAAUCAUCAUUCUGGUGGUCUCUUGGUGUUACCAAAUCGAAGAAUUGCAGAAGGUUUUCUGGGGCAUUAUCAUCCUUUCUUCGUCUCUAUUUCAGGUAUUUUGCUUGCCGGAAGAAGCCCUCUCAGCCUCCGAAGCCCUGCAUGACAGAGGCUCCUAUAGCGAGUUUUGGGAUCGAAAUAAGCCAGUCUUGCAGCUGGCUACAAUCCCUCUCAUAACCUUUGUGAUCAGCAUGCCCAUUGCCGUUACGUUACGAAUCGCACUGCCGGAUUAUUGGCCGGCUGCGUGGGUGAUGUGGAUGGCUCUCGGCUGCCUUUUGAGCGUGGCUCGAUCUUUUCGUUACCUGAGCAUCUUCGACGAGUCGGGCGAUCGCUGGAGGGCCUAUACGCUUGUCACAGCUGGCUGUAUUAUUCUUGGCACCUCGAGUUUGGCCCGAGAUCAGGCGUCUACUAGAGUCGUCCUCCUAGGAGCGAACCAUCUUGUUUUGGUAAUCAAUAGAAUGUGGACGAUGUACGGCAUGGAUAGAAUACUGAGAGGUAGGCAGGAGUGCAAGAGUGUACGGUCUGUGUCAACGGUUUUUUCGGAUGGAGGCUGCAACAAGGGUGAGGUUUGAGCGUCCUCCGAUUGCUCCGGCCGAGUCCAACCACACAGCGUUAUCGACGAAUGAAGGAUGAAGCAGACCUGCAGUACGGAAUAAUCAAAACUGUCAACAAUCAUGUUAGGCGUAGCCAAGUUAGUUCGUGUUGCCUUCCUCAAGUCAUGGACAGAAGCUCAGAUCAAAUCCCAGGGGCAUCUCAUUGGACGGAACCGUUGAUGACCAUCUUCAUCCC